AUGAUACAGAGGAGGUUAUUCUCGGUCCUUCGGGUCCUUCAACAUGAUAACCCGUUGGGUCUUCCUCGUUCCGGCACUCCGCCGUCAUUCCCUCGCCGCCGAGAUGUGCCAGAGAAGCGCAAGAUCCGUGAUGUGAAGAAGGUGAUCGCAGUGUCGUCAGCUAAGGGUGGUGUGGGUAAAUCUACAAUUGCCGUGAAUCUCGCUCUGUCUCUAGCUCGCCAUGGAAUUCGUACUGGCAUUUUGGACACUGACAUAUUCGGGCCUUCUAUCCCAACUCUCCUCAACCUCUCCGGUGAACCGCGCCUAGACGAAAAUAACUGCCUCCUCCCUCUUACCAACUAUGGCCUCAAAUCCAUGUCGAUGGGAUAUCUCCUCCCCCAACCCGAGGCAGACGCCUCACACCCCUCCGGCAAUGUACCCAUGGACACCACCCCAAUCUCAUGGCGCGGUCUCAUGGUCACCAAGGCCAUGCACCAACUCCUCCACUCAGUCUCGUGGGGCCCCCUUGACGUGCUAAUUCUAGACCUACCUCCUGGCACCGGCGACGUGCAACUGACAAUCGGUCAAGAGAUCGUCGUUGACGGCGCAGUCAUCGUGACCACGCCGCAAGACAUCGCUCUGCGCGACGCAGUUCGCGGCUUCGGCAUGUUCGAGCGGCUGAAGAUCCCCGUUCUGGGGAUGGUGCGUAACAUGGCCUACUUUGCCUGCCCGCAGUGCGGCCACGAGACGAAGAUCUUCUCCCACGGCGAGAGUCACGGCCAUGGACCAGAAGACUGGGGCGUCAUUGCCGAGUGUAAGCGACUAGGCGUCGACUUCCUGGGCGAUAUUCCUCUUGACGCGAAGGUCUGCGAGGAUGCCGACCGUGGUAUACCCACAGUUGUAUCGGAGGAGAGUGAUGGUCGUAGCGCGAGGCGCAAGGCGUUCCUUGACGUAGCUGAGAGAGUUGCCCGGAAGGUUGGUUUGGAGUGGCAUUAA